GGCAGGCCAGGGAAUCAUCAACCAAACCAACGCGACCUCUGACCUCUUGCUUCGGGGAACCAUGGCCUCGCGGCUGUUGCUCGGGAGGAUCCAGUCGGCUGGCCGUCUGUCCGGCGGCCAUGGCCGGCGCCAGCUGCUCGCCUUCAGCGACGGUCCUCCUCUCCCGCCGGCGGGCGGUCGAUUGGUCUGCAGCAGCGCGUACAGACAAAUCAAGACGGACGCCAGGAUCACGGACCACGAGCCACAUCUUGACAGGUUUUCAGACCCCCAGGUUGCUCAUGAAGACCGCCAGUUCAUUCAGUUCUUGGACAGGAUGCUGGAUGCGAUAAGGAAUUCUCAGAGUCUUGCACAAAUACGAAGUGGAAGGACUGCAAAUGGCCUGAAAGUUUUGGAUGAUGACAUAUGAGGCAUGUUCUCUUUGCGGAAAACACAAGAGUUGAAGAAACGUGACAGUUUGUGUUGUAUAAAGUGACCAUGAUGUGUACUGUGAAUAACAAUGCACAACUUAGUGUGUGAGACUGCUAUAGUUUAGGUUCAUUCAUAUUGGCCCUGUUCGCUUGGCUGGUGUUGGAGGCUGUUGCUGGAGUGGUGUGAGAGGAAAAUAUUAUUGGCUGGCUGGUGCUAGAGGCUGCUGCUGGAGUGGUGUGAGAGGAAAACACUGCUGGCUGGCUAGAGGCCGCUGGAGCAGAACAGGGUUAUUAUGGGUGAGAGCAUCGGCUAAUAUCAAAUAUAUAGGUACUAGUAAUUUCAUUUCUCUGAACUCUGGUGUACUUUUGGAUAUCAAUAGUAAUUUCAUUUCUCUGAA